AUGGUCAUAGAUUGUCUGAAUUGGAAGUCGAAGGAGCCUACGGUGACAUGUCUUCCGCCCGAGAACCCUUGGAAGCUGCUUGAGCUUCGCCGGAAACUCAUUAACGCCUGCCAACCAAACCUCUUACAGGAGCUUUCGGACGAGAUGGCUAGUGGAGCAAGGGAGCCGUGGCAGCAAGCCUCCGUUACGCUGCAUUUUUCUGUAUCGUAUCCUACGCAAUGGGGUCAGUCCAUUCUGUUAUCGGGAUCGGGGGCGCUGCUUGGUAGCCUACAGUGGUCCCAAGCUCGUCAGAUGUCGUGCCAUCACGAAAAAGACGUGUUGGUGUGGGAGGCGACUAUCCUACUGCCGUGGAAACCGUAUUAUACCUACAAGUACGCCUUGGCGCGUCAAAAGGACGAUGAGGUAGCACCAGGGGCUAACGUUCACGGAAACUGGGUAAUCGAGAAGGAGGAUGCGGCCGGCGAGCGCACCGUCUGGCUUCCAGAGGGCUUGCAGGGUGGGGACCUGGUGGAGGUUUGCGAUACCUGGGUGGAUAAGGCCCAUCCAGCAGCCCUCAUGGCGAGUGCCGCAUUUACAAAGGUUUUGUUCGCUCAUAAGCCCCAGAUCCGUAACGGCCACAUGACCUCCCUGGCCUUGGUCGCUCCCGCACCGGGCGAGACGGUUUUGCGGUUGGCGGUUGCGGAUUUUCAGUUGGACGCGGCGGAGGUUCUGUUGGUGACGGGUGGAAUUUCCCAAUUAGGCAACUGGCAACCGGACCAGAUGCUGAGGCUGACGGAAACACACACGCCCUUCUGGGAGGCGGAGCUCCGGGUGCCGUACAGCUGCUUCCCCUUCACGUACAAGUACGCCAUUCAGACGGCGGACGGCCUUGUGCUGGAGGUGGGUGAGCCCCGACUGGCCAGUCUGCCCUCCUCAGCUUCCGUGGGGGCGCCCACCGUCAUGGUACGACACGACGGUUAUUUCAGACGAGACAGGCACUGGCGAGGUGCCGGAGUUGCCGUACCAGUUUUCAGUCUCCGUACAAAUGAAAGUGUCGGUGUGGGGGAGUUUUUGGAUCUCAUACCCCUGGUGGAUCUUGCGGAUAAAUGCGGGCUGCGCAUGAUCCAAGUACUGCCGGUGAACGACACGUGUGUGUACGGCACCUGGUGGGAUUCGUACCCGUACUCUACACUGUCCGUACACGCGCUGCAUCCUCAGUACUUGGCGUUACGAGAGCUGUUGGCGGAGGAGGGGCAACAACUGCCACAUGAUUUGGCGGCUGAGCUUCAUAAGGCCCGUCGGGAUUUGGACGGGCCCGAGGUUGACUACGAGGCCACUCUCGCCUUCAAGAACGCGUUCGUGAAAAAGGUGUACGACCGGUACGGCAAGGGAACGCUCCAGUCCUCUGGCUUUCAAACGUGGUUUGCGGCCAAUUCGUAUUGGUUGCGACCCUACGCGGCAUUUUGCUUUUUGAGGGAUAUUUUCCAGACAUCGGAGCAUUGGCGCUGGGGUUGCAUGUCUGCGGGUACGGAAGAGGUGGUUGAGCGGCUCACUCGGCCCGGGGGGGAGUUCUACGGCAGGAUUCUGAUGACGUACUAUGUGCAGUACCAUUUGCACAGACAGCUGCUGCGGGCAUCCGAGUAUGCCGCCUCUCGCCGUGUCGUACUUAAGGGCGACCUGCCCAUCGGUGUCGAUAAGCGCUCUGUGGACUGCUGGACGUUCCCGCGCCUGUUCAGGAUGGACAAGAGUACGGGAGCCCCUCCGGACGCGUUCUCGCCCACGGGUCAGAACUGGGGUUUCCCCACGUACAACUGGGAGGUCAUGGCGGCGGACGGGUACGACUGGUGGAGGUCGAGGUUACGACAUCUGGCGCAGUACUUUACGGCGUACCGUAUAGAUCACGUACUGGGUUUUUUUCGGAUCUGGGAAGUACCUGGCGACUGCGUGACGGGUCUGCUGGGUUAUUUCCGCCCCUCCCGCCCUUUGACGCGUUCCGAGCUCGAGCAACGGGGGGUGUGGGACAUUGACCGCCUCACUCGGCCGUACAUCACCGAGGCACUUGUACGGCAGUUGUUUGGGGCGGAGAGGGCGGAGGUGGUGUCGGCGACGUAUAUGUUAGAGGACGGGAAAGGCAAAUACAGGCUCCGUCCCGCCUACUCGAGUGAGGCCGCCAUUGCCGCCAUUCCCUUGCGAGAGGACUCGCCCGACUGGUUGGUUAGGGAGGUGGAGGAGACGCGGGCGGGACUGAUCAAACUGAGACAGAAUGUCGUACUGCUGCCGGAUCCAGAGGAUCCAGAUGCCUUCCACCCCAGGCGCCAGGAGGAUGUGUGGAGAUCCAGUGCGCUGUCCAAGCUGCCCGCCCUGCAAGCCGCCAGUGACAUGCUCGUGUGCGGGGAGGAUCUGGGUUUCGUGCCGGCGUGCGUACCGCCUGUCAUGAAGGAAUUGGGCCUUAUCGGUCUCCGUAUUCAGCGGAUGGCCACGGAGCCGGGCAAGGAGUUCAAUAACCCGGGCACGUACACGUACCUGACCGUGGCGUCACCCUCUUGUCAUGACGUCACACCGCUGCGGGCCUGGUACGAAUCGGAUCCUGAUCGCGCGGAGCGCUUCUAUUAUCACCAACUCGGCGGCUGUGGCCCGCCGCCGCCGGUCUGCACGCCGGAUGUCGUACGUGCCGUACUUCAGCAGCACAUCAACUGCGGCUCCAUGCUGGCCGUGUUUCCUAUACAGGAUCUAACGGCUUUAUCGCUGCAGUACACCACUCGCCCGGCGAGUGCGGAAGUUAUCAACGACCCAACCGUCUCGAAGCAUUAUUGGCGGUUCAGGAUCCAUGUUACCUUGGAGACGCUCCUGGCAGACAGCGACUGGCUGUCCACAAUCGCCGAGAUGCUCGUACUGGGGGAGCGGGCGCCGCCGUCAGCACUGCUCGUGGCGGCACCGCCGCCGCCGCCGCCGCCGACGGGAAUCGGUACUAGGAUGACCAGGCCAAUAUGUACGACAAUCAUGCUGUAAAGCACGGCAAUAGAAUGCCGUACGGCUGCGUAAUGUCGAGAGCUAGCUUGUGCAUGUCUGUGAGGUUCGCAACAAGGGGCGGGGGCGGGAUGUGUGUGUG